AUGUCCUCCUCCUCCGCGACCGCAGCGGGCUCGCGUUCCCCCUCGCCGGCAACGCCAGCAACGCCAGACUCAUCCGACAGUCUCGAGACCAUCGCCUUCAGUGGCAGCAUUGACCUCUCCACGUGGUAUAACUCGCUAUCUUCUAGCAAACCAUCAUCAGCAACUGCCGCCCUGUGGGAAGACUCGCAAUUCCUCGACAUAUCAAAAGAGGAGGAUGGAAACAUAUUGCUAUUGGAGGAUAUUCUUCAGGAACACGCAUACGACGAUACCGCCGCUGUUGAGGCAUCCACAGUGCAUUCCAUUGAUUCCCACACCGUUCCGGAAAGCGCGAUCCCUCUUUUACAACCCUCCCGCGAAAACGCAUCCACUUCCCCUCGAGGUCUGACACCUACAACAAAGCCAAUUCCGCCUCCUGCUUCGCAACCGCGAAGGCGGAAUGUAUCGGCAGCUUCUCAAACUGUUGUCUACCCUCCUAAAGAAUCAUGUUACAACCUACCUAUCAUGAUCCCGAGCAUCCCGGAGGGUGGAACUAAGUCUCGCGUCGAGACCCAAGUCCGUAUCACUGUCGACCUCGCCCAUGCCAGUUCUUCGACAGGAGAGGCUUUCCAGUACGACCGGGUGGGUACGUACAAAUGGUUACAGUUGCCCAGAGGAACGGCAACGAAGAGACGGACACGGAAGGAAGGAAAGAUCGAGCCCUCUGCGGAGGAUACUCUAUUCUUGUCGGCAGAGGUGACAUGUUCCUCGCCCCCGCACAUGCGUGUGGUGUGUUGCUCCAGUUGUCAAACCCGUGAAGCGAAGCGGGUAGCACGAAAACUUGCGGCUCGCGUCCGCCCACAACGGUCGGAUGGCGAUCAAGAAGCAUGCAACUCGGACAGCAAGAGUGAAGGCUCUUUCAAUAUCGUGCAGUUCAACUGUCCCGAGGUGCUCGACUUCUCUGCCGGUAGUGUCGUCCUCCCCCUCCGAAUCACAUGCUACUGUAGGCAUCAUCGCGAGAAGGUCGGAUUCAACGUCCACUUCACAAUGCUAGACAGCGCGGGACGUGUCGUCGGCUCUGGCGUCACUCGUCCCAUCAUGAUCACUGACGACCAUAAGAGCACGGGAGCUAGUGCGAGUAAACAGCCAUCGGGUGGACUCUCCUCUACGGUUGACAUUGAUUGGUCUCAGCUGUCAUCGACGCAUGCGGAAGUCGUGGAACAGACAGGUCCUGUCAAGAGGAAGUAUGGGAGUAUGGCCGACGCUUCGGAGCAGAGCACGAAGCGAGCUAGGGCUUCAACCGGUAGGCUCUCGUUGUCGAAGGUAUCUCGCAAAAGCAGCAGCGCGAGUCUUUCGCCGUCGACAUUUGCCUCGUCUCUGCCAACACGGACGACGACUCCACGGUACAUGAGCUCUGAGCCUUCGAGCCAACUCAGUACGACAACCACUUCCCCGCCACCUGCAUUCGAUAACUUCAUCAUUCAGAAUGCGGAGACGUUUUUACCUUCUCCAUCGACUUCCAUUGCUUCUCCUGGAGACCAUGACACAAACAUGCUCAACAGCGCAGAGGCAAUCAUGCCCAAUCAGCCACCGCUGAAUUUAGAUACGGCAGUUAUUAUGCAGCGCGCAGCCUCUCCUUCCACGUUCCUACCGACCGCAUCACCAUCACCUGCGCCAAUGCCUCUGCCUCAUCACCAGGGGCUCCCAGCUCCAGCCCCUAUCCAGUCCAUACCCUUUAUGUUCUUCCACGCCGACCCGCCACCUAUGCCAACGCUGCCGAAACCGAGAAUACAUCGCCUAAUUCCCUCUUCGGGCCCGACUUACGGCGGAAUCGAAGUUACUAUUUUGGGCUCGAAUUUCCACCCGUCGCUGCAGCUCGACUGCCUGUUCGGUGAGGCCAUGGCGAGCUCGACGCAGCGCUGGAGUGACAACACGCUCGUGUGCAUCCUGCCGCCCCGCAUCUGCUCGGGUGUCGUGGGCGUGUGGUUCCAUGGCAUCGACAAGGACGAGGACGGCACGCCUCCAUGUCUGUUCACGUAUACGGAUGAAUCCGAUAGAGCUUUGAUGGAGCUAGCCCUUCAAGUUGUUGGUCUCAAGAUGACGGGGAAGCUGGAGGACGCAAAGAGCGUAGCGAUGCGGAUCGUGGGACCUCCCAGCGACGAUCCGCAGGGUGGAUCAGCUCCAAAUGGAAUGCAGCAGUUCCUUUCAAGCCACCUGUCCUUGGAUCUGCAUCCCUUACGCCGCCGAGGUGUGGGCGACGAGCUCGAGCAGAUGGUCCUGGAUCUACUGUCUCUUCUCGAUGUCCCGCUCAACCUCUCUUCGUCCUUCUCUCUGUCUUCGGCCAUCUCGCACCAGACGCACAGUGGACAGACGCUCCUCCACCUCGCUGUCUUCCUCAAGUACCCGCGGUUGAUCAAAUUUUUGUUGCGACACGACAUUGACCUUGACGUGCGCGACCGGAAUGGGUACACCGCGCUCCACUUUGCAGGCAUCGUGGGGGCGCGCGAAUGCGCGACGAUCCUCAUCGAUGCUGGUGCGGACCUGGAGAUCGUCAACGCGGACGGGCAUACGGCACAGGAGGUCUCGACGUUCGAUUUCGACGACUUGCGCUCGCCUACGGUCGAUGCGCAUGAUCUGUCAGACGAGCUAGAUGAAGAGGAGUCGAGGUGGGGAGACGGCGAAGAAGAGUCCGAGGGAUCUGAGGUCGAUGUUCGCCGUCGGACCCUUGUCAAGCGCCGCUCGAACCGCGCCAUGAACCGCGCUGUGAGGCGAUCGACGGGCGCGUCUGCGUCUGUCUCGUCGGAGGACGACGAAGGGGCGGGCGGGGGUGAAGUCGCUGUGCCCGACGCGGCGACGACCGGCGUGGCGAAGAGCGACGAGGCUAUGCGAGGCGCCGCCAUCGAUGAGAAGCAGGCGCUGUCGUUCAUGGACAUGAUCCAGCGCACGCUGGCGCGCGUGCAGCCCACGCAGGGGCUCAUGCCGCACCUCCCCAACCUGCCCGGCAUGCCCGCCGUCCCGUGGGACGCGCUCCCGCAGAUCCCGAUGGUGUUCCCCGUGUACGUGCCGUGGCCGGCGUUCCUCGGCGAGAAGCGCGUGGACGAGCACGGCGACGCGCUCGACGACGGCGCGGGGGCGCAGGAGCCGAAGGGCGCCGUGCGGUGGACCGCGCAGGAGUGGCGCGCGUUUUGGGAGAAGUGGAUGAUGCAGGGCACGCAGGCGCAGGCGCAGGGGGCGGUCGAGGACGACCCGCCGCCGGUGUACACGCCGCGCACGCAGGUGGAGGCGGAGGCGCGGCCUCAGCCUGCGCAAGUCGAGUCGGAGGAAGAGGAAGAGGAGGACGAGGCCGCGGUGGCGGGUCCUUCGACGCUCGAGCGGCCGAGUGCGCGGCGGGUGGGCUACGACACGGUCAGGGUGACCGACCAGGAAGUGAACGCGUAUGGGUACAGGCCCACCAACGCCAAGCCACGGCAGGUACAGAAGAAGGAAGAUCGCAUGCUGAUCCUGUUCUGGAUACCUAUCCUUUUCCUCGCGCUCGUGUGGGCGCUCUUCUCCGGUGUCCGGAUCGCGUUCCAUUCGCUGAGGACGCUGACGCCUUUGAAGGCUGUCCUGCGGCUCUGAAGAGAAUCCCCUCGAUUAUCGCUUUUUUUUUGCUCUUUCUUGCAUACAUACAGUCUCUGGACUUGCUCGAUUAUCGGGACGUGUAUUGCGCACAUAUGCAUCGCCGUUCGCUAUUUCCAUACAGAUACACAAUCGUUUUUUUUCUUUCUUCCCGUUGCCGUCUCGCGUUUGCAUUUGCUGCUCCGUUUUUUUAUGUUUAGUUUUUGAGUACGGUUAGGUCGCUACAUACGGAUGCUCUGUAUGUGUAUAGUGGCCCAUGUAGGUUUAGAGCGGGUGGAGGAUGGAUGAACGGCGCGUGGAUGGUGAGGGUGCAAUACAGAAAUCAUCUUUAUCGU